AUGUCCAAGAUCUCCAAGUUUCUAGACCUUAUCAAAAGGCAGGCCUUAAAUGAGGUGGUACUGGUUUGCGGAAACCAAUCGGCAGACUUGGAUUCCAUCGCUUCCAGCAUCUCAUACGCAUACUUCCAUUACCAGAAAUACAGGUUCACCAAGGGUCUGGUGAUUCCUUUACUUAACAUUCCAGAGAAAGAUCUGGCAUUGAGGAAAGACGCAGAGUUUGUUUUGACCCAGAAUGGCAUCAAGAGAAGUCAACUCUGGUUCACCGAUGAUCUCUCAAAGUUUGAUCAAUUCAAACUCAUCAUGGUUGAUCAUAACGUUCCCCAAGGAGAGGUAGCUAAGAGCAGGCUCACUCAUGUGGUUGGCAUAAUUGAUCAUCACCAAGACGAGCAAAAGUAUCUAGAUAGCGCUCCUCGCGUAAUAGAAGAGUGUGGAAGCUGUUCUAGCUUGGUUCUUAACUACUGGUACGAUUUAAUUGGAGAGGAUGUGGGGGAAUGCGCAACGCUAUUGGCUUCAGCUAUAAUGAUUGAUACCACUAAUUUCACUCAGAGGGUAAAGUCGCACGAUGAGAAGGCGUUAGAGACAAUAAAAAUGUUGGGAAUAUACAAUGUUUCUGCAUUCACCACUAAUUUUGAAAAGAUUCAGGAGAGUAAAUCGGAUCUAGAAGGUUUGAGCAUGAAUGAUAUACUUCGAAAAGACUACAAACAAUUUGUCUUUGAUGGAAAUACAGUAGGUGUUAGCUCAAUUGUGAAACCCUUUUCUUGGUUGGAUAAGCAUUUUGAUAUAGACAAGGAGACCAAGUCUUUUGGGGAGGAACAUAAGUUGGAUCUAUUGGUGUUAAUGACUGCGUAUACUACAAACGAUCAGUUUAAAAGGGAAAUUUCAUUUCAUGAUGUAUUGAAAGAUUUAAGUGAAAGAUGCAUCAAGGGAAUGAAAGACAAACUAGAUCUCAACCGCAUUUCAGGGAAUAGGUUUACUCAGAAUAAUAUAAAGGCCAGCAGAAAACAGGUGGUUCCAUACUUGGAGCAGACUUUAACUAAUACUGAUUAG